AUGCCUAUUCGCGAGGACCUUGUGGCCUCUGCGGCCCAAUUCCUCAAAGAUCCAAGUGUGGCAUCAUCACCGAUCGAGAACCGAAUUGCCUUCCUGCAAGCGAAGAACCUCACCCAGGAGGAAGUCCAAGCUGCAUUAGCGCGCGCUGAAGGCCAACAGGCGCCUACUUAUCCCUCAACCAUCGCUCCGCCAACAGGCGCGCAACAGUACUAUGGCUCCUAUCCCCCAUAUGGCUGGCAACCGCCGCCGCCGGAGGUUCCUAGGAGAGAUUGGAGGGACUGGUUCAUCAUGGCGACAGUCGUCGGAGGUGUGGGAUAUGGCUUAUAUGCUCUUGGCAAGCGAUAUGUGUAUCCGCUCGUUGCGCCGCCAACUCCAGAGAGACUAGAGCAGGAUAAGAAGUCCGUCGAUGAGGAGUACGAGAAGGCUUUCGCUCUGGUUGAACAAUUGGCGAAGGAUACCGAAGCCCUCAAGGCCGCGGAACAGGAGCGAACCGAGCGCCUCGAUAGCGCCCUUUCCGAACUUGAGACACUCAUGGGCGAGCUGAAGUCUGCAAACCGAAGAAGAGAUGAUGAUACCGAUAGAGUGCGAAAUGACGUACAGGGACUUAAAGAUUUGAUCCCGAAGGCCCUGACCUCACAGCAGGAAGCCACGGACAACAGACUUCGCGAGGUCAACGCAGAGCUCAAGAGCCUGAAGACGUUGAUCACUCAGAGAAUGAACCCUACAGCAACAUCUACCAGCGUCAAUAACUACCUACGACCAUCCAACGGAAAUGCUACGCCCUCUGCAACGACGCCCUCUCCUGCUCCGCUAGCGGCGACUGUGACAGACGAGAACACGAAUGGCACGAAUGGCACCAACGGCCAGACUACAGAGGAGCCUAAGCCAAGUGGCUACCAAGAUUAUGUAUCCAGCUUGGGCCGCAGCUCGCCUUUCGGUACUGGCGCUCCAGCCUCAACUGCUAGCAUCCCUGCGUGGCAGAGAGCCAUGGCAACCAAGAGUGCAGCCUCAUCGUCGGCUGCGAAUGGCACUGAGACGAGCGGAAGUGCACAGCAGGAAGCGAGCGGCAGCUCCUAA